UUGGGGUUGUUUGCAUUUACGCUGUACAGCGUAGGUUCCCAAAUUGGCGCCCCCCUUCCCUCGCUGAGUCGCUGCCCUCGUGUCGCUCGUUUCGCUUCCCCUUGCUAGCUGCAUAACUACUCCCUCGCUGCCUUUUUGUUGCCGCCGCCGGUUGCCCCUCUUCCGUCGUGGGUUGCUUAUAUGGGGCUUCUUCUUCUAUGAUCUUGUGCUGGGCGUAACUAUAUAUAAGUCAUCGCCUUCGCUCCUUGUUUCCUCAGGCCAUCCAUCAGCCUAUCUCCAGAAACUAUUUUUGAUAUUGUGUGUCCACUCACGUACUUCCUCACUCCUAAUUACUACACCAAACCGCUCACUCACUACUACUACUACUACGACACUCGACAACACCACUCCUAUCGAGUCCUCGAGUGAAACCCGCCUUGUUGGAUAUUUACGAGCAAGCAGUUCGUCUCAUUACCCAUAUUUAACCUCCUCACGACCUCCGUAGAAAAGCUAUCAAUCAGCAGCUCACCACUUCCGCAAAACGGUUCUCUACCAGAAAAAACAGCGGUGGUUGCCUCGCGAAAGCUGCUGCCUCCCACAAACCAGGGAGCACCAUGAGAAGUGACCGCUCAACCACCUACAUGCACUCAUCGCCGUCCAUUCUCCCAUCCAUGUCUCCCUCUCUCCGGCCCAAUUCCCCUCCUCCCUCCCGCAACAGAGUCCGCAUGUCUCCCAAACCAAAACACGCCAUCCAGCUGGGCAACCUCCCACGCUUCCACCCAGCCGUCUACCAAUCCGCUUCGAACGCUCCUCAUAACCAACCUCCUUCCCCGCUCCAACAACGACCCGCCCAGCCUUACAGAAUACCAUCAGGUUCAAGGGAUGCCCUACGUCAGUAUCGUGACCUCGUCGCAGGCGUGACUCUUACACCACGAGGCUCUUCAACCAGUGGCGGCACAAAGCCUUCUAAACCACGCAUCGAUCCGCUGGGCAGUCCGGGCCCCGUAACGCCCCUGGCGCUCGAGGACGAUGAGGGUGGAUAUUUCGUCGCUGGGGCACCGUGUUCUCUGCCGUCGGAUUCCAGUGCGAGGAAUCAUGAUGGAUCUGUUUCGCCACGGGAGCUUGUUGAGAAACUGAUCCAGCGGGAGACGGAGAGGUUGGCGUCCCAGGGCUCGUCUAGGAAGGAGAAUAAGGGCUGGUAAAGAAAUGGUUGGCCACCUUUUAUACUACACUACCUAUUUAUUCGACCGGCCCACAUACAUCAUCAUGGAUCACGACUCUCUUUGGUUUCUGCCUAUGCAUUUCUUCCCAGCCUAGUUCAUCUCCUACCAUGACGAUCUGAACAACCCCCUUUGGCCGCUAAAGUGCUCUCUCCCUCGCAAGUGAACACAGUGAACAGCAACGACAAAAACGGAUACCAGUCCAAUCGACACUUUAUGCAACUUCUCUCUCGCCAUUUUUUUGUCAUUCGGCCGAUGAUUUUUUUUCUCAACGACUUGCGAAUACCCGCCCAGCUACGGCUUGGCUUGCCUCAUGUUUGUUUAUCUGAAAAGUACCAAACGACAGCCAAAAAAAGAAAAAAAGCAUAGAACCAAUGCUGAAAAAGGGCAAAUUUAAAGCAUGGAGAUAGAUAAACAGGAGCAUGGCACUCGUUAUUUUGUUACUGAUUUUUCUUUUUUCUUUUUUUUUUUUUUUUUUUCCGUGUGGCAUUUGUAUACCAUAGUGUCGUUUUGUUUCCUUUAAUUUUUUUUUUUUUUUUGUGUGUGUGUGUUCGUGUUUUCUUUUGACAUAUCUAUCAUCAUACCCUUCGACUCUCCUUGUAUUUUCACGUUUCGCUCUCACAAACCUACCGCACCGAACGCUGUCUGCUGGCAGCAAGGAGAGGUAAAGCAACCUACCAUGGAGUCUAUCUCAUCCUAAGUUUGUAUCAACUCCUAACCUAUAACUCCUUCCAACUUGUCAUCUGCUGUUUGCGAUUCUUUUUUAUUUCCUUUUGUAUGUCUCUUUCACUUAUGUUAUUUUUCCCACCAUGAACCGCAUCAUCUGUGCUCUUGAGUGUAUAUACCCCCCCAUUGUUUUUGUCCUAUCUUAUUUUAUUUCCUCUACCUUAACUACAGUUAUCAAAGACGAUAACCAUGGAAUCAUAUCCAUUAAAUUAUUACCAUGUCCACUGCCGUGGGUACAUGCACCUUACCAUUCAUUAUCCGAUUCCAUCCUGCCUACCCUUCGCCAAUCAACAAACCAGGAAAUACUCCCGCCCCUCAUACCUCGAGAGUUAAGCCCAUCAUCCAACCCACGUUUCAGGAGGGAUUUAUACAUACACCACUAAAUACACCACAGCUAUGAAGAAUUGGGUUUAGCUCAGUAAUUGGCUUUCCAUUAAUUAAUACAUAAACAAAUUGGGAAUAUUAUGCACAUGCGAAGUUUACUUAUCACUGUCUGUCUACCUUGCCUGCCUAAUAGCUAACUAGCUGCCUAUCUAUAGUCUAUAUGCUUCAUUCAGUCUAUUUAUUCUAGCAGUGCUUAUAGCUGAGAAGAACCCCCUGCUAUGUACAGAGUAAAAAUAUAUAGAAUUAAACAGAGAGAGAAGGGAGACAGAGAGAGCUUGAGACUGCAGAACAUUGAUUUUUAUAUCACAAGUUACUUUUUCAUUCUUCUUUCAAAUCACUUGUGUACAUAAGAUUUCCCAGUUUUUUUAGAAAUAGCUGUGGUGUAUGUAUAAGAUCCCUGAUCGAUAUCCACUCACAAAACCCGUCCCGUCCCACCCACCACAGACCACAGACCAACCACCCGCGCCCGGCAUGAAAAAACUCUCUUCCCCACACCAUCCUCAAUCAAAAUAAUUGUUACUGCGUAAGAA